AUGUCACUGGCCGAGUACGAGAGACAUUUCGACUCGCUGAAUUCCGAUUUGGCCAGCGGGUCUGUGCUCAGCGAGCGUUCGACGUCCGCCACGUUUAAUGGCGAAGAGGAGAAGUUGCAUUACAUUCCCAUUCGGAUCCUCGGGAGGGGGGCGUUUGGUGAAGCGACGCUGUACAGAAGAACCGAGGACAAUUCUCUGGUCGUGUGGAAGGAGGUGGACCUGAAUUCGCUUUCUGAACGUGAGCGCAAGGAUGUCAUGAAUGAAAUCAGCAUUCUGUCCAUCCUGGAGCACAACAACAUCAUUGCUUACUUCAAUCACUUUAUGGAUAAAAACACCCUUCUCAUCGAAUUGGAAUAUUGUAACGGGGGGAAUCUUUACGACAAAAUCGUCCAACAGAAGGGUAAACUUUUUAACGAGGAGGUGGUUAUUUGGUACCUUUACCAGAUUGCCUCAGCUGUGGCCCACAUUCAUAAGGCUGGCAUUUUACACAGGGAUAUUAAAACUCUCAACAUUUUCUUGACCAAAACUGACCUCAUCAAGCUCGGGGAUUAUGGUCUUGCAAAGAAGCUCGGCUCUGAGUUUUCCAUGGCAGAAACGUGUGUGGGAACUCCAUAUUAUAUGUCUCCUGAGCUGUGCCAGGGAGCAAAGUACAACUUCAAAUCUGACAUCUGGGCCAUGGGCUGUGUGCUUUUUGAAGUCUUAACUCUCACAAGAACAUUUGAUGCAACGAAUGCACUGAACUUGUGUGUAAAAAUAGUCCAGGGAAACUGGACUAUGGAUGUGAAUCGUGAUGUUUAUGGAGCUGGAUUGAUCAAGCUAGUCUACGAAUGUCUCGAUCAAGAUCCUGCAAAGAGACCAACUGCGGAGCAGAUUCUAGAACAGCCGGUCCUCUCCUGCUCCCGACAGGAGCUUGAAGAUCGAGUGGCUCUGCUGAAUUCUGCGAUGAAGAGACCAAAGCUUAACACCGUGACUGAAACCCCUGUUGCCGUAGUGACCACCCGCUCGAGGGAUGUGUAUUUCUGGGGCGGAGGCAAGUUCACGCCCCAGAAAAUGGACACCUUUAAAGGGGGCAGCAGUGCCCAACAUGUGUGUGCUGGAGAAAGUCACUUUGCAGUGGUGACGGUGGAAAAAGAACUCUACACUUGGGCAAAUGUUCAAGGCGGCGCCAAGAUGGUGGGCCAACUCGGGCACGGAGACCAAGCCUCCUACAGGCAGCCCAAAAGGGUUGAAAAGCUCCAAGGAAAGGCCAUCCGACAGGUUGGGUGCGGCACGGACUUCACCGUUUGCAUCACCGAUGAGGACCAAAUGUACACGUUUGGGUCAGACUAUUAUGGCUGCAUCGGCGUAGAAGGGGCGAUGGGAAUGCAAAUCCUGGAGCCGGUGCUCCUGGAGUUUUUCGAGGAGCGGCCGGUCCGUCAGGUUUCUUGUGGAGACAAUCACGUGGUAGUGCUCACCCACAGUGGAGACAUCUUUUCGUGGGGCUGUGGAGAGUAUGGGCGUUUGGGUUUAGAAUGUGAAGAUGAUUUUUCUUCCCCAAUGCAAGUGGAGCUCCCAAAAAGCGCCACAAUCUCAUCUGUAUCAUGUAGCAGUGAUGGAACCUUCUUCUUGACAGACACUGGCAAAGUCCUAGCAUGUGGAAACAAUGAAUUCAACAAAUUAGGUCUGAAUCAGGAAUUUUCUGGUCUCAAAAACCACCCUGGAGAGGGUUACCAGGGCAUCCCAUACACCACCACUCUGACUUUGGCAAAGCAGCUGUCACGCUUCAAGAUCCAGACUAUAGCUCCAGGGAGGAACCAUACAGCCGCCAUUGAUGCGCGUGGUCGCCUCCUCACUUUCGGAUGCAACAAGUAUGGGCAACUAGGCGUCAAAGACUUUAAAAAACACCAAGGCGUGCAAGUCCUGGUCGGACCGUUCGGGGGGAAGAUAGUCACCAAAGUUUCCUGCGGCGACGGCUUCACGAUCGCCGCCACGGAAGACAAUCAGAUCUUUGCUUGGGGAAACGUGGGAAACGGGCGACUCGGAAUGCCUGCCGAUAAGGGAUUUGGUUCGGAGGUUUGUCCGGCCAUGCCGAGGCCCAUUUUUGGAUCGCUCCACCAUGUGCCAGACCUUUCUUGUCGCGGCUGGCAUACGAUUAUCAUCAUGGAAAAAGUCCUCAACUCCAAGACCAUUCGCUCCAACAGCAGCGGAUUGUCCAUUGGGAUUAGCCAGGACAGUUCUAUAGCCACAGUGGAUCUGGAAAUGGAGCCAGAUUCAGAGACGGAGUGUCGAGACAGGGGCCUUGGUGGUACAGCGGAGGUAGAUCUUGACGCUUGCAACUUAGAGACACCCAUGAUGUCGAUGGCAAACCAGACCGGGAACAGUUCAUGUCCUCUCUGGCUUAGAAAGGAGCUGGAGGAUGCUGAAUUUAUCCCAAUGCCAGAUGAGUCUGAGCUUCCUCCUGAUCAACUACAGUCUUUUUCCGAAAGCACCACUCUCCCAUAUAACGAGCUAAAGGAGCUUAAGGCUGUUGCGGCAGCUGUCAGCAAUCAGGCUACGCGUAUGAGUGAUGACAAACUCAACGGCCCAGGGGAGGAUGGCGUCUUUAGCCAAGUGGACUCUAUCACGUGCUGUCGAGCGAGUAGCCAAGUGGCGGAGUUGCGAGAGAUGGUUACUCAGCAAGAGAUGAGAAUCCAGAUGCUUGAGAAGCAGGUCAGUGAUCAGCGAAAAGAAAACGAGAGAUUGUUGGCAGCAUUCAACCGGUUGUCACUACUGGAAGCCAGAUGUGACAGUAACGGCAACCACUGCGACGGUCACGUGACGGAUAACGGAGCAGCAGGACGAGCGUCCGGAUUGGCGUCGCGCGGGGGCCGACCUGCGGGUUCCAGCUUGUGA